AUGGAUCUCACCAAGAAGCGCAAGGCCGACGAGAACGGCAGAGCAUACCCCCUAACCACGGAACUCGCUACCACCAUGGCCGCGGUGCCGCCGGUUUCGACCGGCGCCUUAUCCCCUGAAGACGCUGAGAAAAUCAUCGAACCCUUCACGAAGGAGCAGCUCCUCCCCAUCCUACGCGCCGCUAUCCUCCGCCACCCCGAUGUCCUGGAGGCGGUGCGCGCCGUCGCCGACGCGGAUCCUGUCCAGCGCAAGCUCUUCGUUCGCGGCCUUGGCUGGGAGACCACCACUGAGAAACUCCGCCAGGUGUUCUCCGCCUACGGCGAGCUCGACGAAGCCAACUCCAUCGUCAUCACAGAUAAGAACACCGGAAAAUCCAAGGGCUACGGCUUCGUGACGUUCAAGCACAUUGACGCCGCGGUCUUAGCUCUGAAGGAACCGAAUAAGAAGAUCGACGGCCGCAUCACGGUGACUCAUCUCGCGGCUGCUGGCAGUUCAGGUAACUCCCACUCUGCUGAAGUGGCGCUGAGGAAGAUUUAUGUUGGUAACAUUCCGUUUGAGAUCUCGUCUGAGAGGCUGUUGGCACAUUUCUCGAUGUACGGCGAGAUUGAGGAAGGGCCGCUAGGGUUUGACAAGCAGACUGGGAAGGCCAAGGGUUUUGCAUUUUUCGUUUACAAAACAGAGGAGGGUGCGAAGGCGUCACUGGUUGAUCCCAUGAAAACCAUUGACGGGCAUCAGGUGAUCUGUAAGUUGGCUACAGACAACAAGAAGCAGAAGCCUAAUGCGGGGCCUGCUGGUGGAGUUGUUCCUGGAUCUGGAGUGCCAAAUCCUGGGCCUAUGGGAAUUCCGCCAAGGAGUUACCCAAUAGGAGGCUAUCCAGGGUAUGGGCAGGCCCCGAAUAUGCCUCAGCCUUCCCACCAGAUGCAUCCGAGUGCAGGCUAUAAUACACCCAUGGCUGGGCCUGGAGGACCUAGUGGACAGGGUUAUAACAGUGGAUAUGGAGGUGUUGCAUCUGGUUACGAUGGCGUAGGUGUGUCUGGACCUGGGGAGUAUGGACCAAUGGGGAAUGCUGCCUACAAAAUGCCACCUAGUACUAUUGGAAUGCAGGGCCCAGGGGUUUAUCCAGAUAGCUAUGGGCCUCCGGCAGCCUAUCCGCCCCAGCCAAACCAUCCUGCCGGCCCAGGGCCCAGAUUUCCAGCUUAUCAGGGCAUGCCUCCUUAUUAA